AGCCGUUGCCGUUUGUGGCGAACUGGCUGGGCUCGGGCGUCGCGAUCUGCACAUGGAGCGAGGGCACAUCGUCGGUCGCGCCAUACGAUCUGUGCUUGCGGGUCGGCGGCGGGGGGUCCGGCGAGGAAGGAGAUGGCGAGCGCGUGCGCACAGCCGCAGCCACGACAGUGUCCUCGCUCAGGCUCAUGGCGCGAGGAUGCUGUGGGUGUGGAUGACUAGAUCAAGUAGAUGGGAUGUUUAGCGUGGGAGGAAGGAGCGAUGGCGAGCUCGCGGGAUGGCCGGUCAGCGGCCAGAAGGUCUCAGUCUCACCUUGCGUGACUUGGUGGGGCGGGGUGGAAAAGAUAAGGGCGCACGCGAGGGGAGCGUGGGAAGCGCGUGGGAAUCACGUGAGAUUCGCGUGUCCCCAUAAAGCAGAGAAGCCACGCGACUGCCACGCACCUUCCACGAGACAAAGACAAGCCUCGGCGCAACUCGGUCAAGGGCUCCCACCCCCAGGAGGGCGGAGAGGUGCGGAGUCUCCACCUCCACCUCCAACGGCCCCAGUCGUCAUUCCCCCGGGCCACCCGGCUAUUGCGUUCCGACCUGGUCCGGCGUUGGCUAGUUCCUCCACUUAAAUUCCACUCGCGGGAGCAUUUCGUGUUGACAGGUGGGCGAUUGGUCGGCUGUCC